AGAUACUGCCAAAAGUGUAAAGACAAAGUCACGUUGCACUUUCCAAAUGUGCAAAUCCUUAGUGAUGAAGAUCCCGGUCGUUGCUGGGGCCCAAGCAGUUGAACAGACUCGUAAACAAGUCCAACGUCCCAUGCACGUGUUAUUCACUUCAGCUGGAAAGGUUUCAAUUUUAUGGCACAACCAAAACCUACCUUCAAAUCUCUGCAAUUUAUUGAAAAGGCGAUUCAGAGUCUUUGUUUUCCAUGUCUAUUCAGGUCUGUAUGUCCAUAUAGUCAAUGCCCUGAAAGCAGAAUUGCCCACUAGUGUUUAGUGUUUACCAUUUUGAGGGUAGAAAUGGAGAAAGGAGAGCUUAAAGCAGGGAAAUCGUUGGAAGAAACCCCAACUUGGGCUGUUGCUGCUGUGGUCACUGUUAUGGUUUCUUUUGGUUUCCUCUGUCAUCACUCUUUGAAAAGGUUUGCGGAGUGGCUGGACAAGACUAAGAGGAAAUCUUUGCUAGCAGCCUUGGAGAAGAUUAGAGAUGAAUUGAUGCUUUUUGGGGUUCUCUCGUUGUUGAUGGGUCAUUGGAUUGCAUUUUUUGCUAAAAUUUGUGUCAAAUCAACGGUCUUGAAUAGCCGAUUCUAUCUUUGCGCAAAGGUUGGUGAUCGAUUAAUGUUAGAACAAAUGCUUGUUUCAAGUUCAAAGUACUUGAACAACACGGUUUCCAGAGAGCAGGAGACUGCCUGGCGGCAUGACUAUUGUCCCGAGGGUCAGGAUUCUUUUGCUUCAUAUGAAAGCCUUGAGCAGCUUCACCGUUUCGUAUUUGUUCUUGGUGUCACCCAUGUUUCUUACAGCUUUAUUGCCAUCGCGUUUGCUAUGAUUAAGAUUUAUAGCUGGAGAACAUGGGAGAAUCAUGCCAAGACUAUGGCUAUUCAACAUUUACAAGAUUCCUCACAAGAUGAAGCAGUUGGUUUGAAAAUGAGGCGACUGAAUACUUUCAUUUUUCACCGUGUCUCCCAUCCAUGGAGCCAACACAGAGUUCUUGUUUGGCUGCUUUGCUUCAGCCGCCAGUUCUGGAGUUCUAUAAACAAAACUGACUAUAGUGCCUUGCGCUUGGGCUCAUACUGAUGUCGUUAGACUCAUCAACUUCCUUUGACAUAUGAUUUCCAUAAUUAUAUGGUUCGAAGCAUGGAAGAAGAAUUCUGCAAUAUUGUUGGCAUUAGCGUGCCCUUCUGGAUUUAUUGCAUACUAUGCUUCUUUCUUGAUUUCCAUGGAACCCAUAUUUACUUUUGGCUUUCGUUCCUUCCGGCCAUUUUGAUACUGCUUAUUGGUACAAAACUGCACCGUGUGGUUGUAAAAUUGGCUGUUGAAAUCAUGGAGCACAAUCCAUUGGAGGGUUUUCAUCAAUUUAACCUGAGGGAUGAACUCUUUUGGUUUGGAAGGCCCAGGUUACUUUUAUGGUUGAUACAACUUAUUUCAUUUCAAAAUGCAUUUGAGAUGGCUUCAUUCAUUUGGUCACUGUGGGAAAUCAAGGAUCCUUCUUGCUUCAUGGAGAAUCAUGCCUUCCUUGCAAGUCGUUUGGCAUUUGGUAUUAUCUCCCAGUGCUGGUGCAGCUUUAUUACAUUCCCCCUCUAUGUUAUAGUAACACAGAUGGGUUCAAGGUUCGAAAAAGCUGUAGUUUCUGAAAGUGUGAGGCAAUCACUGUCCAAAUGGAAAAGAAGAGUGAAGGAAAAGCAAGGUUCCUCGGUUACACUACUCAGGAAAUCAAACUCAACCUCAUCCUUGGACUCAACGGAAGCUGAUCACAUAAAUAAAGGCUGCAGCUUUGCCUCAAGCAGCACAUGCCAAACAAUCCCAUCAGAGAAAAAUGCAUCCGUCCAGCAUCAAGAGGCCUCUGCAAGUGCAUCAGAGAGUUCAAUACACGAAUCAUCACCUAAAAGGAAGAAGUCGAAGCCUCAACUUAGCUCUUACCUUGAGGAUUCCAACUCCAAUUCUGAUAUGAAUGCCCAUAACAAUGAUGACAAAUUUAAUCUCGAAGAUGAAAUAUAUCACAUUGAACCUUGACCUUGUUUUUAUUUUCUUCUGGUUGAAGAGAAAUUAAGAACAA